UCGAUUUCAGUCUGGCUCAAAGCGCAUGCGCAGCCUCUGCUCUCCCUUUCUGCCUGAUCUAUCCGCCAUGGCUCUGUUUAGGAAGCCAGCUGCUAAGGGUGGCAAAAAGAAGAAGCAGGUCCUGAAAUUCACCCUGGACUGCACCCACCCUGUUGAGGAUGGCAUCAUGGAUGCUGCCAACUUUGAGCAGUUCCUGCAAGAGCGCAUCAAGGUGAAUGGGAAAGCUGGUAAUUUGGGCGGUGGCGUGGUUUCCAUCGAAAGGAGCAAGAGCAAAAUCACAGUAACUUCAGAGGUCCCAUUCUCCAAGAGGUACCUGAAAUAUCUCACCAAGAAGUACCUAAAGAAGAACAACCUGCGUGACUGGCUGCGCGUUGUGGCGAACACCAAGGAGAGUUACGAAUUGCGCUACUUCCAGAUCAACCAGGAUGAAGAGGAGGAAGAGGAUGACGAUUAAAUCCUUGCACACUGCUCUUAUGGAAGUCAAUAAAAUUUUCAAAAGA